AUGGACGCCCCGGACGUGACGCCGGCGUGGUCUCUGGUCCGCGGCUACUUCUCCCCGGCGACGCUCUUCCUCCUCCUCAACGUCGUCAUCGGCACCAUCGCGCUCACCUCCCGCUCCCACCGCCGCCGCCACGACCACCACGCCGACGACGACCGCCACCGCCACCAGCACCAGCACAAGGACCACGACGACCGGUACGCUCCUCCCCCGCCUCCGGCCCCGCUGGCGCGCACGUCGUCCGUGAUGGAGCGCCUGCGCUCCCUCGGCCUCUACCGCUUCCGCUCCGGCGACUUCCCUCCCGAGUACAACUACAACUCUUCCUCCGCCGGCAACGUCGGCGAGGACGACGACGAGGGCGGCAAGCAGCAGCAGUACAGCAGGAGCCGGUCUGGGCCGGCCGCGAGGAAGCCGGCGAGCAAGACGGGCAACGAGGCGGAGAAGGCGGCCAGGGCGAAGGUGGCGAAGAAGCCGGUAACGGAGACGGAGGUGAGGAGGCUGGAGCGCGCCCCGGUGCCGGCGCCGGCGCGGCUGGUGCAGCGCGCGCCGAGGGCCCCUGCGGCUCGCGCGGUGCUGACGGAGGCGAGGCGGCAGGACGCAGGGGCGCCGGAGGCCGCGUGCGUGGACGAGAGGGCGGACGACUUCAUCAACAAGUUCCGGCAGCAGCUGCAGCUGCAGAGGCUCAACUCGCUGCUCAACUACAAGGAGAUGCUCAACCGCGGCGCGUAG